UUCAUCUUUCCUCACACUCACUUCCAUCUUCCAAAUUGCUGAAAUUGUCAUCCUGCGCACGCCCAUUUAUCAGCAUCAACAGUUGCAGUGAAACAAGCUCUGAAUCAUGAAACCACCCAAAAGAGCAUAUUCUAGGAAAAUGGGUUUGUUCGGAGAGGAAAAGGUUGUCUACAAGCCGGUGGAGGAGGUUGAUGUUGGUCCUAAGAGUGAUCAUGUCUAUGUCCGAGCCAAUGUUAAAGCUCCUAGAAUGGCUGGACUUGUGGUCAAAAUUUUCGUCUGGUUUCUGGAGUCAAGGAUCUUCGGGACGUUGUUGUUGUUCAUAUUGAAGAGAAACAACCUAAUUCACAAGUUCAUAACGAAUGCAGAGCUAGAGGAGCCACCUCUCUAUGUUCCCCUACAUCCUUUUGAAGAUGUGAAAGAACAGGAAGUCAAAUGCAUAGAUUCUGAUUUAUCUCCACCUGAAAAAGUUCAGCAGGCAAUAAAUUGUUUGCCUAAUUCUUCAGGAAAAAUACUAAAUGGUUUAAAAUCUUCUUUCCAUCACUGGACAAUAUUGGACUAUUCAAGAGCCUAUAUAUCUGGAGAAAUAACUCCUUGGAUGGUUGCAGAGAGAUUUAUAGCUGCUGUACAUGAAUCUUCUAAUCCUCCAUUGCAGAUGUCAUUCUUUAUCAACUAUAAUGUUGAUGAUAUCCUAAAGCAAGCAACUGAAUCAACUCUUCGGUAUAAACGAGGACAACAAAUAUCAGUUCUAGAUGGAGUCCCGAUUGCUAUAAAGGAUGAAAUAGAUUGUGCUCCAUAUCCUACAACAGGAGGAACAAAGUGGCUACACAAAGUAAGAUCUUGUACAGAUGAUGCAUGUUGUGUUAAGCGCCUCAGAUUAUGCGGUGCCAUACUUGUUGGGAAAACCAAUAUGCAUGAACUUGGGGCUGGAACAAGUGGCAUAAAUCCUCACUAUGGGGCUACUAGAAAUCCAUAUGAUAUCAACAAGAUCUCUGGAGGUUCUUCUAGCGGAUCUGCUGCAGUAGUGGCUGCAGGAUUGUGCCCUGUUGCCCUCGGUGUUGAUGGUGGAGGAUCUGUGCGAAUGCCUGCAGCUCUCUGUGGUGUUGUUGGCUUGAAACCAACUUUUGGGCGCAUACCUCACUCUGGUGUUCUUCCUCUGAACUGGACAGUUGGGAUGGUUGGAAUCUUAGCAGGCAGGAUUGAGGAUGCAUUUAUUGUUUAUGCAGCUAUGAGUGGACGGCUUCCAUCGGAUCAACCCAACUGUUCUAUGCAUCCCAAAUUGCAUUUUCCACUGCUGAACUCAUCUAAGCCUAUCUCUGAUGUCAAAUUGGCAAAGUAUGCAGAGUGGUUUAACGAUUGCAGUGAUGAUAUCAGAGUAUCCUGUUCUCAAUCUCUAGACAAGCUUAAGGAGCACUACGGUUGGAAGAUUGUAGAGGUGACUAUACCAGAGAUAGAAGCAAUGCGCCUGGCACAUUACUCGACAAUUGGAUCUGAAUGCAGUACUUCCCUUAGUUCUCAUCUAGAAAAGCUGAAUCCUGCAGAAUUAGGAUGGGAUGCAAGGGUAGCACUUAGCGUAUAUGGUUCUUUCAGCAGCAAGGAGUAUAUAAAGGCACAAAAAAUGAGGAACCGCCAGAUGCAGAUUCAUAUGACUAUAUUUGCCCAGGCUGAUGUCAUUGUUUCACCAACAAUAGGUGUUACUGCAUACCCAAUAAAGGAUGAUGCUCUAGAGACCGGAGAACUCGACUAUGUAAACGGAGCUGCACUAGUUCGAUUUUCGAUAGCAGGGAAUUUCUUAGGAUUGCCGGCAGUGACUGUUCCGGUGGGAUAUGACAAACUGGGUUUGCCGAUUGGCCUUCAGUUUAUUGGGCGGCCAUGGUCUGAACCAACAUUAAUCCACAUAGCAUCAGCUAUGCAGGCCCUCUGCAAGUCAAACUACAGAAAGCCAGAGGUUUUCUAUAAUCUUCUUAACAGGGAUUAAUGCACGAGGAACGUCCACAACAUCACUACAGAUGGUCACUGAAGUUUGCAAGUUUUCUUCCCUGGAUAUAAUGCUCCUCCUUAGUGCAUAGAUUGAUUUUGAACUUCAUAAUAAUAUGUAAAAUUAUUCACCAAAUUGACUGGCUCGUAAGUGUAUAAGGGCAUCCAGGUAGGUUGAAGAGCUUGCGAUUGGAAUUUAAUAAAUAUCUAUGCAUUCACUAUUCCUGUUCA